CUAAGCCACAUGGUACUGAGUCUGGAUCUUUUUUGAAGCCACUUUGCAAUUACAUAGUACUACUACCUACUGAUUGUAUGUACCUACCUACCUUAGGUCUUUAGAAAGCCUGAAGAACUUUGGAACUUUGGAACUUUAGCACUUGUCAACUUCAAUCCAUCUCCUCAUCUUCAGCCUCGAUUUUUAAUUCGACGAUAACCUCAGCUGCUCACGUUUCUUUUUGUUUUUCUUUUUUCUUUUUUUUUAUAGAGUGGUCAACAUCCACCUUCUAUUCUUAUCUGUCCUCCUUCGUACCCGCUUAAUUUCUGACAACCCAGCUUAAGCGAAAUCAACAAAAACGUUCCCCUACCUAUCUAAUCGCAACUACCGCCGCCUAUCCGCCUGUGUCUGCUCUUCCCGAGCACGGCUUCACGCGGCCAUGCCCAGUGCAACCUCUUCCGGCUUCGACGCCUCGAACGGAGCGCCUCGCUCUCGAGAACACAAUCAAGGGAACCAGGAGCGCAAAUAUACUCCCGAGCAGAAAGCUGCGGUCCUGCGAAUCCGACGGUGCAAGGCAACGGCCUUCUAUGAUAUCCUAGAUCUCGAGGCUGUGCGGACAACGUGUAGCGAUGCCGAUAUCAAGAAAGCCUACCGCAAGCAGUCCCUACUUACGCACCCGGACAAGAAUGGCCACGAGCAUGCUGAUGAGGCGUUCAAGAUGGUCAGCCGUGCCUUUGGAGUUUUAGGCGACAAGGAGAAGCGCGAAAAAUACGACCGCUUUGGUACCGAUCCCGAUAGCAGGUUUGAGAGCGCCAGGGCUCAGGCCAGCAAUCCGUUUAAUAACUUUGGCGGUAUGAGACCAGGCGGGGGGGCGGGAUUCGGCGGAGGAGGUAUGUGGGACGAUGAGAUCAGCCCGGAGGAGAUGUUCCAGAGAUUCUUUGGUGGUGCUUUUGGUGGCCCUUUUGGAGGAUUCGACACAGGGCCGCAGUUCGUAUUUAAUGUUGGUGGUAACAGGGGCUUUCGUGUACACCAGAUGGGAGGGGCAAAUCCGCGCAGGAGACCUCGGGAAGCUGCUGAAGCUCCACAGCGGCCUCAGUCGGGCUGGGAUACUCUCAUCAGCUUACUUCCGAUCCUAUUUCUCUUCGUUUUCCCGCUGCUAUCGUCUAUAUUUUCGGGCGGCGAAACCCAGCCGGCAGCACCCUCGAUGGUUUUUGACGCAGCUAUACCGCCGAUGACCUACCACCGAACCACCCCCAAACUCGGCGUCGACUACUAUGUGGACCCAGCCCAGGUAGUAGAUUGGAACGACUACCAAUUUCGCCAGUUAGAUAAAGAGGCCGAGGUAGGGUUUGUGCGGGUCCUCCGCCGCCGCUGCGACACGGAAAUGCGUACUAAACGCGAUCUGAUCGACAAGGCGCAAGGCUGGUUCUUCCCGGAUCCGGACAAGAUGAAGAUCGCUGAUCAGUUUGAGAUGACGUCGUGUAAGCGUAUGGAUGCCCUAGGUAUUUCGCGGUAGUCCAUUCCACGACUUUACAAUAUUAUUUUCGAGCGAUUCAAGUACGCGCGGAACCUAUCGUCCGAAGGCGUAAGCGAGUUGAUGUAAGAUUUAGUCAAUCUAACUGCUCCACCGUUAAUAAAGAGGAGCUGCGCGUCGGUUAGAUAAAGGAAACUUUGACAAUGGCGUCGGGGGGUUUGAAGAGGGGGGUUGACUAAGGUGGAAGUCAAAGGUAGCAUAUUUCUCUACCGAGUCGAACGGUGCGCGGCGGACUUGAGAGUUCUUAUAUAUUCGCGUUGCAUCCUUCGUGUGAUCAUGUAGACAGACAGGCAUUUGUAUGUAUAUCAUACUUCGGUCGUAUGUCUACGUUUCGUUUUGUAGACUUACGUUAAUACCAACCUUAUGCAAGUUGUGCUGGGAAUAAAUCCCUAGGGCACCAUUGAUCUGGAUUAUCACAGUAACGUAUGGGACAUGUACCGUACCUUGAGCAGCCAUUAACUGUCGCGGUCAGCCCGUAUAACUCGUCAAUCGUAAGGUGGUAUACAAUUCAUCAUUGUCUAUGUCUCUAUUUCUCGUACAUUUAAAAAGAAAUGCGGCGAUGUGGCAGACAUGAACAAUGGUAACGUCAGGGGUAGUAACCAAAUCCAACAACGAUAGCAUUACA